AGUUAAAAAACACUUAAAAAGGCUCAAGAGAGGGCGGAGGGAUCUUGAGUCUUAACUCUCUAAAACACCUCGCACUUUAUUCUCUCUUCAAGUUCGGUGCUUUGCCUGUCUCCCAGAAGGAACGAGGCUUUUUUUGUUGCAUUGGAGAGAAAUACACACGCACUCUCUCUCUCCCUACUCUCUACAUUGUCUUGUUCUACUAUCAGAAUCUCAUAGUCUUACUUCCACGCAUCACUUCUCUCUUUCCCUGUUUCUUUUGUUGGUGUCUGUUUUAAUUGCUUCUCUUUCCUUCCCUUAAUUUUUUUGUCUGGGACCUGACAUAGAAGAGGAAGUGGGAAACUGGGUUAUUAUUCACUCUCUGUCUAUAAAAUGCAGAGGAGCUGCGACUUUCUUUGUUGACUCUCUCGUAUUCUCUUCCUUAACCAGAGAAACAGAGCGCUACCCUCUCUUUUUUCCCUUCUCCUUUGCCUUAACCACUGGACUUCUCCCUUUAUGCGAAAAACAAGAGCUUGAACUUGUUCUUGGAUUCUUCAAGGAAAAUAAAAUCUUGUUUCAGGAUUCUUUGAAAUUCCUGAGAUUUCGUUUCUUUCAACAUUCAUAUUCUAUUCUAAGCAAACCCAGAACAUCAAGCCAUAGUUUAACAAAGAGGGACUUAUAUCUUGCCAGUAUUGCAAUAUAAUCUGGAGAGCUAUAUGAAUUUGUGAUACAAUGAGAGAUGAGAACUCGAAGAAGAGCAAGCUUUCAUGGCCUAAGACACUGGUCAAGAAGUGGUUCAAUAUCAAGAGCAAAGCUGAGGAAUUUCAAGCAGAUGAUGUCCUUUACGGAGGUGGCGGUGAAGAGUGGAGGCACAACUUCUCAGAGAGAGAAGCAUGCACCAUCAAGAAAAGCAAAACAGAGACAUCAUACAGGAGGCACUCUGGUGGAGUGCAGCGAGGCAAAAUUGACCUUGAUGCUGCACAAGUUACAGAUGUGAACAAUUAUAGGAUAUUUGUAGCAACUUGGAAUGUAGCUGGAAAAUCUCCUCCAAGUCAUUUGAACCUUGAGGAUUGGCUUCAUACUUCACCUCCUGCUGAUAUUUAUGUUCUUGGGUUUCAAGAAAUUGUGCCUUUGAAUGCUGGAAAUGUUUUGGGCACAGAAGACAAUGGACCGGCCAAGAAAUGGCUAGCUCUUAUUAGGAAGACUCUAAAUAGCCUUCCUGGUACCAGUUGGGGUUACCAUACUCCUUCACCAGUCUCUGACCCAAUUGUAGAAUUGGAUGCAGACUUUGAGGGAUCAUCGAGGCAGAAAGCCUCAUCUUUCUUCCAUCGCCGUUCCUUUCAGUCCCUGAGCCGCAGCAUGAGAAUGGAUGGUGACAUGGUGAUACCACAACCUAAACUUGAUCGACGUUUUAGUGUCUGUGACAGGGUUGUCUUUGGGAAUAGACCGAGUGACUAUGAUCCCAAUUACCAAUGGGGUUCCUCUGAUGAUGAGAAUGGACCAGGGGAUUCACCAUUGGCUACUCAACACUCGCCAAUUGAUUACAGUGGAUCCUUGUCAAUGGAGGAUAGAGAUAGACAAACAGGCCAGUCAAGGUACUGUUUGGUGGCCUGUAAGCAAAUGGUUGGAGUGUUUCUAACAGUAUGGGUAAAGAGCGAUCUUAGAGAUGAUGUUCGCAAUCUCAAAGUGUCUUGUGUGGGCAGAGGAUUGAUGGGUUAUCUCGGAAACAAGGGCUCGAUUUCAAUUAGCAUGUCAUUGCACCAAACAAGCUUUUGCUUCAUCUGUACCCAUUUGACAUCUGGGCAGAAGGAGGGAGACGAGCUGCGGAGAAACUCUGAUGUUAUGGAGAUCCUUAGGAAGACAAGGUUUCCUAGAGUUCAUUCCAGAGGAGACAAAAACUCCCCUCAAACAAUUCUAGAGCAUGAUCGAAUCAUUUGGCUUGGUGAUUUGAAUUAUCGGAUUGCCUUGUCUUAUCGUGCCGUGAAAACUCUUGUCGAGAUGCAAAAUUGGAGGGCGUUGUUAGAGAAUGACCAGCUUCGGAUAGAGCAGGGACGAGGGCGAGUUUUUGAUGGAUGGAAUGAAGGCAAGAUAUAUUUCCCUCCGACAUACAAGUAUUCCAAUAACUCAGAUAGAUAUGCAGGGGAUGAUAGGCACCCGAAGGAGAAACGAAGGACUCCUGCAUGGUGUGAUCGUAUAUUAUGGUAUGGAAGGGGCCUCACCCAGUUAUCUUAUGUACGUGGGGAGUCAAGGUUCUCAGAUCACAGACCAGUUUGUGGGGUAUUUUUGGCUGAGGUUGAGUCUAUAAAUCGUAGCCGAAUAAAGAAAAGCAUGAGUUGUUCCAAUUCUAGAAUUGAGGUAGAAGAGCUGUUGCCGCACUUACAUGGAUACACCGAAUUCAAUUUCUUUUGAGGAUGGAUAUACAAGUCACCAGCAUUGCUAGUAUGUUUGAGGAAACAGGUUAACUGCACUGUCCCAGGAAUCCGUACCAAUUCUAGCUCGAUGUUUUGUGUAACCAUAAUGUCGUCCCCAGUUAGCGUGACUAUAUGCCAUCUCUAGGACAAACCAAAAGCUGAUAUUUUCCUAUAAAAACAUGGAUCAGUUGAAUCCAACCCAAAUGAAUAGAGUGGGCGCUCUGCUAUGAAACUCUGCCUUGCUAGUGAUGGAGACAUUCUGUUACCUACAAUCCAAAUGGAGGUGCAAUUUGUGCAUUUUGUCGAUAAUCUCUGACUCCACGAUAUUGCUAUUAGCUUGUAUAUUUUUCUCAUCAUCGAUUCCUUGUUGGCAAAUGCAACCGCUGGUAGCUCAAAACAAUACAACCCUUGUCAUACUAAUAAGGUAACAAAAGGAUGCACUUGCUGAGUCCUGGAGCUUUUUAGAGGUCUAAUUCGCUGACAAUUCAUUUGUGAAAAAAAGCAUAAAUGAAAUCAAGAAAUUAAAAAAUCUUACACACCAAAAGAAGAACAGUCACUUGUUAAUGGUUUUUUUUAUCUUCCAUUUUGCUUCCCAUACUACUCUGGAAAGAUGGUAAAAGAAGUGGUAAUGUGAUGCACACUCAUUACAAAUAAGAAAAAGGAGGCAGAACUUGAGUUUCUAUGAA